GGCGGAGCUGGAAAGGGGACAGGGACCCCCUCCGAUCCGCCCCUUCCCCCGCUCCUCCGGGACCACCGGCACCACCGGAGACGGUCACGUCCCCCAUCUGGCCACGCCCCCUGUUUCCCAGGAUCGUGAUUGGCUGAAGAAGAGAUGGAUGGGGUGGAGCCAGCCAAUGGUGAAUCGGCGGUUCAGCAAGCAGCCAAUGAGGGUGGAGAUGCGCUAGAAGCAGCCGCCAAUGAGCAGAGAGCAGCUGGAGAUUCCUCCAAUAGGGAUGGAGGGAGCCUGGGUGCGGCCAAUGAGGAACUCGGGAUGGCUGGCGCAGCAUCCAACGGGAAUGCGCCUCUGCAGAGCUCGUCCAAUGAGGAGAAGGGGAGCUCUGGCUCAUCCAAUGAGCAGUCAACCCUGAGGGAUUUGGCCAAUGAGGACAGAGGAGGUCAGCACGGCCCAGCCAAUGAGGAGGAAGAGCCACAUGACCUGACCAAUGAGGGCAAAGGGCCGCAGCAGCCAGCCAAUGCGGAUGCAGAACAUGAAGCCUCAGCCAAUGAGAUUGCAGCAGCACAUGACCCAGCCAAUAAGGAGGCAGCCCCUGGAGCUGCAGCCAAUGAGAACAGUGCCCUCUCAUCGACAACCAAUGGGAGGGAAGAACCCAGCGAUCCAUCCAGCGCCUGCUCCCCCUCCUCCAACCCUCCCUCCAAUCAGCACGCAGCCCUGCCGGAUCCAGCCAAUGGGGUGCCGCUGCAACAGGCAGAGCCCUCCAAUGAGCUUGGGGCCCUCGCUGCCCCGCCCACCAGGACGAGAGACCAGUGGGAUUGGUCGCUGGAGGAGGCGUGGCUUCGUGCUCCGGAGGGGGAGGGGCUUGAGGCGUGGGGGGAGGGGCCUGAGGAGCUGGACGGGGAGGACGAGGAGGACGAUGAUGACGAGGAAGAGGAGGAGGAUGACGAGGAAGGGCAGCAAUGGUGGCACAGCCCCGACGGCGCCAUCUCCAAGCAGAUCGUGCGGCGUGGCCGGGGCUUGUCCCGCCCGGGUCCCGGCUCGCUGUGCCGCGUCCUCCUGACCCCCCCUCCCCACCCCACCGGGGUCCCACCGGGGUGGGGCCCGCCAUGUGUGGCGUCCAACGUGGGGCGCUGGCACCGCGUGCGGGUGGGCACGGGCGAGGGCGCCUGGGCGGCGGCGCUGGACGCGGCGCUGGAGUCGAUGGCGCGGGGCGAGCGGGCGCGGCUGCGGCGCGCGGGGCCGGGGGCUGCGCUGGGACUGCGCCUGGGCCUGCCCGCCGCCGCCGCCGCCAACGCCGGCAAGGCCCUGGCGCUGCGGCCGCAGCACCUCGAGGCCCGCUUCCGCCGCGCCGUGGCCGCCGCCGCCAUGGCCGACCUGGAGGCCGCCAUGGCCGACCUGGCCCACGUGCUGAGGGCGCAGCCCGGCCACGCCGGCGCCCGCCGGGAGCUGCGCAGGGUGCGGGGCGCGGCGCGGGAGAGGGACGCCCGCCUGGCGCGCCGGCUCGGCAGGCUCUUCGCCUGA